AUGAAGCUGUCUUUGGCUUUCGUGGUCGCGGCAGCGUUGGGUUUCGUGGCGCAGGACGCUCUCUCAGCACCCACAGAGAUUGCCAAUGGCUUGGAUGCAAGCUUGGAUCCUGGUCAUGAUCAUCCAAGUGGCCAUGGUCGAGUUUUACGAGGUCACAUACGUCAUAGUACGCUCAACAACGAUAACGUUGAUGAAGAGCGGUUCAAGCUCGACAAAAUCACGGAGAUGCUGACCGACAUAAGCUAUCGGACAAAGAAGUUUUACAAAUGGAAAUACACCUCGAAAUUGUCCGACGAUGCCGUUUACAAGAAGCUGAGGGUUGACCAAAACCCGACAUUCCGGGCGCUUUUCUACAAAUACCAGGCCUAUGUAUUUGGGCAGGGAACCCGAAAAAAUAAUAUGCGUAAAAAUUAA